AUGAACGCCCACCCCAAGGAGAUGGUGCCCCUCAUGGGCAGGAAAGUCGUUGUCCCCAGUGGGAACCCUGCUGUUCUGCAGGACAUGAAGCCCACCGAGCUCACCCCUACCAAGAAGAGCGCACACUUCUUCCUGGAGAUAGAAGGGUUCGAGCCCAACCCCACUGUGGCCAAGACCUCUCCACCCAUCUUCUCCAAGCCCAUGGACUCCAACAUUCGUCGGUGCCUCCCUGGCAACUGUGAUGACAUGGACUCCCCUCAGUCUCCUCAGGAUGACGCGACGGAGACCCCAUCCAAUCCCAACAGUCCCAGUACCAACCUGGCCAAGGAAGAACAGAGGCGAAGAAAGAAGCGGCUCAAGAAGUGGAUCUUUGCGGCAGUGUCUGAGGGCUGCGUGGAGGACCUGGUGGAACUUCUGGUGGAGCUGCAGGAGAUGUGCAAAAGGCGUCGAGGCCAGGAUGUGCCUGACUUCCUCAUGCACAAGCUGACAGCCUCAGACACCGGCAAGACCUGCCUGAUGAAGGCCUUGUUGAACAUCAACCCCAACACCAAGGAGAUCGUGCGGAUCCUGCUCACCUUUGCUGAGGAGAACGGCAUCUUGGACAGGUUCAUCAACGCCGAGUACACAGAGGAGGCCUAUGAAGGGCAGACGGCGCUGAACAUCGCCAUCGAGCGGCGGCAGGGAGACAUCACUGCGACGCUAAUCGCGGCCGGCGCCGACGUCAACGCCCACGCCAAGGGGGUCUUCUUCAAUCCCAAGUACCAGCACGAAGGCUUCUACUUCGGUGAGACACCCCUGGCCCUGGCGGCAUGCACCAACCAGCCUGAGAUUGUGCAACUGCUGAUGGAGAAUGAGCGGACGGACAUUGCCUCGCAGGACUCGCGGGGAAAUAACAUCUUGCACGCGCUGGUGACGGUGGCUGAGGAUUUCAAGACGCAGAAUGACUUUGUUAAGCACAUGUAUGACAUGAUCCUGCUGAGGAGCCGCAACUGGGAGCUGGAGACCAUGUGCAAUAAAGACGGCCUCACCCCGCUGCAGCUGGCUGCCAAAAUGGGCAAGGCCGAGAUCCUGAAGUACAUCCUCAGUCGUGAGAUCAAGGAGAAGCCACUCCGGAGCCUGUCCAGGAAGUUCACCGACUGGGCCUACGGACCCGUGUCGUCCUCGCUCUAUGACCUCACCAAUGUGGACACCACGACCGAGAACUCAGUGCUGGAAAUCAUCGUCUACAACACCAACAUCGAUAACCGGCACGAGAUGCUGACCCUGGAGCCCCUGCACACGCUGUUGCAUAUGAAGUGGAAGAAGUUUGCCAAGUACAUGUUCUUCAUGUCCUUCUGCUUUUAUUUCUUCUACAACAUCACCCUGACUCUCGUCUCUUACUAUCGUCCCCGAGAGGAGGAAUCCCUCCCACACCCCUUGGCCCUGACACACAAGAUGGGGUGGCUGCAGCUCCUAGGAAGGAUGUUUGUGCUCAUCUGGGCCAUGUGCAUCUCUGUGAAAGAGGGCAUGGCGAUCUUCCUGCUGAGGCCCUCGGAUCUGCAGUCCAUCCUCUCCGAUGCUUGGUUUCACUUUGUCUUUUUUAUCCAAGCUGUGCUUGUGAUACUGUCUGUCUUCUUGUACUUGUUUGCCUACAAAGAGUACCUCGCCUGCCUCGUGCUGGCCAUGGCCCUGGGCUGGGCGAACAUGCUCUACUACACGCGGGGGUUCCAGUCCAUGGGCAUGUACAGCGUCAUGAUCCAGAAGGUUAUUCUGCAUGAUGUUCUGAAGUUCUUGUUUGUUUAUAUCGUGUUCUUACUUGGAUUUGGAGUAGCCCUGGCCUCACUGAUUGAGAAACAUUCCAAGAACAGAAGCAACUGUAGCUCCUAUGGCAGCUUCGGCGAUGCGGUGCUGGAACUCUUCAAGCUCACCAUAGGCCUGGGAGACCUGAACAUCCAGCAGAACUCCAAGUACCCCAUCCUCUUUCUGUUCCUGCUCAUCACCUACGUCAUCCUCACCUUCGUGCUCCUCCUCAACAUGCUCAUCGCCCUGAUGGGAGAGACUGUGGAGAAUGUCUCCAAGGAGAGUGAGCGCAUCUGGCGCCUCCAGAGAGCCAGGACAAUCUUGGAGUUUGAGAAAAUGUUACCAGAAUGGCUGAGAAGCAGAUUCCGGAUGGGAGAGCUGUGUAAAGUAGCAGAGGAAGAUUUCCGACUGUGUUUGAGGAUCAAUGAGGUGAAGUGGACUGAAUGGAAGACACAUGUCUCUUUCCUUAAUGAAGAUCCAGGGCCCAUGAAACGGACAGAUCUCAACAAAAUCCAAGAUUCUUCCAGGAAUAAUAGCAAAACCACCCUCAAUGCCUUUGGCGAAAUAGAUGAAUUUCCAGAAACUUCGGUGUAGCAGCAGAACCCAGAACUGGUGUGAGCUGGGAUGACUGAAGCCGCAGUUGGACUGUGGCCCUGAAGGGCUGUGCAGAGUGAGGGAGCCUGGCUCUGCCUGCCGAGAAGCUGAAGGCACCUUCCUGCUGAGCAGGUCGUUGAACUGAGAGGCAGCUGUUGGUUUGGAUGAGUGGGAAACGCUCUAGAUUUUGUUACUCGGCAAAGCCUUUGCGAACCCAGGGUCAGCAGUCCUGGGCCUGGGUCUCCUGAAGUCCUAGGUGAAGCCCCUGAGUUUCUCAAACUGCGGAGAGGGGUGGUGGGGGAAGGAGCAGGGCCAAUAUCUCCCUGACAGCUGUUGCACCACCCUGACCCUAGCUCACAUGACUGGGUCAUCUGCAACUGUGGCAGAAUCCUGACCCAGAAUGUGCAGGGACUGAGCUAAACGGAAUGCCCUGGGUGGGGGUGAGGGUGUGAGCUAUGGAAAUGCCCCUCCCGAACCUUCAAGGAACUGGAAUCCACCCUUGGAAUGAGUGUCCUUGGUACCCCAAGGUUCAAACUGUUUCACACUGAGAGAUGUUUUUCAGCAGCAUAAUUAACACAGGGUUUUUAAUUUUCAAUAUAGAAAAGACAUUUCAGUUUUGAAUGAAAAUAACUUCAGAGGAAGUAUGUGAUUUUACAAGCUGAGAAAUAGAGUUUGGGGUUUGGGGUUGGACAUAAAUAUUAUAUACUUGGCCUCAGGGUGGCUACAGCGAACACAAAAAGUUUUUCUUUAUACAUGCAAAGUCCACGGGGACGUGCUUGGCAGGUCCUGUCCGGGCCACUGCAAUCUGGGUGAAAGCUCUUGGCUCUUUUUCUCGUCCCGGUCUUGCAAUAGUGCAGGCCUCUGAGCUGGGAUUGUGGCUUCAUCUGAAACAAAAAUAGCAGCUGAGCUAUUUAUGUGGUUUGAAAUCUCAGAGGUUACUAUUAUAAUUAGUAUUUCUCAUUGGAGGAAUUUAACAAAACACCUGCAAUGUUUUGGCAUUGAAUAUCUUUGUUAACUGUGAAUUUUGAGGUUGCAAAGGAAGGCUUAUGAGAGAGGAGCGUUUGCCAAAACCCUGGGCUUGUUUUAGAAUCUUCUGAUUCUCCCCCUGCCCCCACUGGAAAUUAAACAGAGGUAGUUUAGUGGUGAAGUGGGGAGCUUUCCAGAUAACUGGAGCCUAAACACCCAGAAAAUCCACUCUGCCUCAGUUAUGCGAUAAGAAGAUUCAUGCAGGAAAUUCUGAGGUGGAAUUAUAGAUAUUUACCAUAAAUCUUAACUUUAAAUGGCACAAAAAUAAAUUUGGCCUUUAGAUACUUGGCAGUUGGCUAGUUAAUCUGAUUGAGGCAGACUGAGGAGUCUGGCCAAGCAGUCUGCUCUGGGCCAGUUUCCCUGCUCUGGGCCACUCUGUGUGCCAGUUUAGAUGGGUGGAGAGAAAUUUGGCCUUUGGGUCCCCGAUGAACCCUCUUGGUGAGAGGUAGGGAGGGUAGAGGAUGCAGCUCAGAGAACUGCACAAUCUGUAGCAGCCCCUGCACUCCCAGCUGAUCUGAGAAGCCAACUAGGGAUCUAAGCCAUUGUGGUCAGACCAAGCUCAGGCGUGAGCAGGGGUAGAGGAGGCUGGGCAUGUGUUGUCUGGAGAAGAUAAGAUUUGGGUGGAAUGGUCAUGGAGGCAGGGGGCGCAGAUAUGUUCCAGAUGGGCAGAACUAGCGCCAAAGUUUGGAAAUUUCAGAGAGAAAGAUUUGGUUCAAUUCAGCCCAGCAACUGCUCCAGAUAUUGGAUGUGUUUCAGCAGAAGCUAGUCAAGCACUUAUUAGGAAUGCUGUUAGGAAUGCAUCAUUGGAAGAACUUUAGGAUUCUUUUUAGCCUAGUUGAAUCAGCAUCCAGUAUGUGGAGAAAAGUACUUGCAUUUAUGUUGCUGGCACCAUCUCUCUACAGUGGGGCUGAGAGUUCCAGAAUUGCAUUGACUCAGAUAUUAAUGGAUAAAAUCACACAGAUCUCCAUCUCACUCUUGGACAAAAGCUGGGAGGUUUGGUGAAUAGAAUUCAAUAAUAGGCUCUUUGUUUUUUCACUCAUAUGGGGAGCUGCUUUCUGUGGAUCUGGAUGAAAUUUGUUGGCAAGAACAUUUUCUGUACUGGAUAUCAUUCCGAACAGUGGCAUCUCCAAAAGGCUUUCAGCCUGGGUGGUCUGAGCCAAGGUGGGUUCACCAAAGCGAAGUGAAGCAGUGAGUCAGAGGGCAUCAAACCCAGAAAGGACCAGUUUCCUCAUUUUAAACUUGGAAAUUAAAAUCCAGAAAGGAAAGUGGACUUGUUCAAAGUCAUCCGGGAAGUCACAUGAGAGGUGUUGAAACCAGAGUGUACUGAUUUCUGGACCACUGAUCUCCCCCCUACUCUAUAUAGACAUACAUACCUACAGUUAUAUGGUACCUGUGGUUGGCAUAUGCUAGGGGCUUUUGCUAGAUUACUCAUGGUGGCAGUCUACAUUGUCCCUAUAAUCCCCGAGACUGGUGGAAAACUCAGGUGUGCACAAAACCACACACAUAUACACACCACACUGAACUCAUAGGUGUAUGGGGACAUCUUAUGACUCCAUGAUUUGCAUUUCAGUAAUUUAAGGGGAAGGUGUUUCCCAGGGAUGGGAUCUCCCAGGCUUGGUUCUCCUCAGGAAGAAGCCAUUAUUCUAGACAUUAUGAGAUGUAUCUGUUUGGAAUAAAAAUGACAUUUGCCUUCCUCCCUGGGACGUGGGAGGAGGUGUAUGAGAUUGUGCUGUGAAGUCAUUAAGCUCUUAGAAGGCCUCUGCCAAAUACAGCCCAGUAUUAUCAAUGUUCUUUUCCUUCCUCAAGGCCUGAUGAGUUGUGUUCUUUUGCUCUGGGCAGGGCCCAGCUAGGUGGACCAUCAUCCAGGCCUGUAAGCCAUACUUGAUCUCUGCUUUGUCAUGUUUUUACUGUGAUUUUGGUCUCAAACACAGAAUUGUCACAUUCUUCUUACUGAAUUGCCUGAUCCUUGUGAAUUCUAAUUAACAUACUUGUUCUUAGUGUUGUGUAUGGAAGACCAUUUUAGUGCCAUUGAAGAAAUGAUU